UCCCUGGGGAAUGUCCAGAGUUUGAGGGAGCGAUGUCCUUGUGGCUGCAGGCCCCCGUGCCCGCCUUUUCUCCUGACUCGACUGCAGCGCUGUGGGAAUCGGAAACCCCGGAUUACUGUGUGCCGGUGAGAGGAGGCAGCAGCUGUGUGCCCAGGGAGGCCAACGCAUACCCCUCCAUGGGGGCCCCCGUGCUGGUAGGCCUGGAGGCCCUGAGGCCCACAGCCCCAUUCCCCAGGAUGGAAACCCCUCCAGAUUCCACAGAGUUUCGACCCCAGAAGCGGAAAAAGGGGCCAGCCCCCAAAAUGCUGGGCAACGAGCUGUGCAGCGUGUGUGGGGACAAGGCCUCCGGCUUUCACUACAACGUGCUGAGCUGCGAGGGCUGCAAGGGCUUCUUCCGCCGCAGCGUCAUCAAGGGGGCUCGCUACCUGUGCCACAGUGGGGGCCACUGUCCCAUGGACACCUACAUGCGGCGCAAGUGCCAGGAGUGUCGCCUACGCAAGUGCCGCCAGGCUGGCAUGCGGAAAGAAUGUGUCUUGUCGGAGGAACAGAUCCGCCGGAAAAAAAUGAAGCGUCAAGAAGAGGAGCAGGCUCAGGCCACAUCCGCACCCCUCCAUUCCUCCUCCCCAUCCCAAGUGUUGCACCAGCUCACCCCGGAGCAGCUGGGCAUGAUUGAGAAGCUGGUGGCUGCCCAACAGCUGUGCAACCGCCGCUCAUUCUCUGAUCAGCUUCGUGUCACGCCUUGGCCCAUGGCACCCGACCCCCAAAGCCGGGAGGCCCGGCAGCAGCGCUUUGCCCACUUCACCGAGCUGGCCAUCGUCUCGGUGCAGGAGAUUGUGGAUUUUGCCAAACAGUUGCCUGGCUUCCUGCAGCUGAGUCGGGAGGACCAGAUUGCUCUGCUGAAGACUUCAGCGAUCGAGGUGAUGCUCCUGGAGACAUCUCGGCGCUACAACCCUGGCAGUGAGAGCAUCACAUUCCUCAAGGAUUUCAGCUAUAACCGGGAAGAUUUUGCCAAAGCAGGGCUGCAGGUGGAGUUCAUCAACCCCAUCUUCGAGUUUUCCAGAGCCAUGAAUGAACUGCAGCUCAAUGAUGCUGAGUUUGCUUUGCUCAUUGCCAUCAGCAUCUUCUCUGCAGACCGACCCAACGUGCAGAACCAGCUCCAGGUAGAGAGACUACAACACACAUACGUGGAGGCCCUGCAUGCCUACGUCUCCAUCCACCACCCCCAUGACCCACUGAUGUUCCCACGAAUGCUAAUGAAGCUGGUGAGCCUCCGAACCCUGAGCAGCGUCCACUCCGAACAAGUGUUUGCACUGCGUCUGCAGGACAAAAAGCUUCCCCCGCUGCUCUCAGAGAUCUGGGAUGUACAGGAAUGA